GGUAACUGAAUAAGAAAAAAAGUUACACAAGCGAGGUCUGGAUUUGUCAUCGUUUCAUAACUGAUCGGCUGUACUUACAAAAUAAAGGGUUCAGGGCUUUGACUUUAAAACCAAAAAGGGAAGAGGGCAUCGAUGUCGGCUUUCCUUGCAUUUUGGAACAGCUUACUGUUUUGGGGGAUGCAAAUAACCCGUUUUUAUUAUCUAACUAAAUCUAAUCAAUCAUGCUAGUUAGCUUAUAAGCCUUAUAAGUAAUAUUUAAAACUUUAUCUUUGUUGAUGAGGCGUAUUCAGUUAACGCUUUUUUUUAAAUAUACACAUGAGCUGUUUAUAUACUGCAGAUAAUAUUUUUUUUUAAGUUAUUUCUUUUUUAAUAAAUCAGAAUUGUAUUUAUUUAUUUUAAAUAAAAAAAAUAAAAAAAUAAAAAACAUGGAAUUCAAUCCUGGCGUGUUGAUCGUGGGAGCGUCGUUCGGGUUUUUCAACAUCGUUAACAAAGUAUUUGACAGGUUACCCGUACCCGAAUCAGCGCUCAGAAACACUUGGAAAUGGAAAAACAUUUCGACUUCUUUGGUUCACAGUUUAAUAACAGGGAUAUGGGCUGUGCUAUGUUUCUAUGUGCACCCUGAGAUGGCGGAAGAUUUGAUUUACACACACUCCGGCUUCUCGCACACGCUGAUCUCGGUGUCUAUUGGAUACUUCAUUCAUGAUUUUGUUGACAUGAUUCACAGCCAGAAGCUGCACCAAUCCUGGGAGCUGCUCUUCCACCACACUGUGGUGAUCACCUGUUUCGGGAUGUCUGUGCUCCUCAGGCAGUACAUCGGCUUUGCUGUGGUGGCCCUGCUGGUCGAGAUCAACUCCAUCUUCCUCCACCUGCGGCAGAUCCUGCUGAUGGCCAGCCUGUCCACCAGCACCUUGUACCGGCUCAACAGCAUGCUGAACCUGGGCACCUACGUGGUGUUCCGCAUCAACACGCUGGCAUGGAUGACCCGCUGGCUGGUGCUGAACCGCGACAACGUGCCCCUGCUCAGCUACACCGUGGGCAGCCUGGGCAUGGCCGUCAUGACCGCCAUGAACAUCGUGCUCUUCUAUCGCCUGCUGCGGAGCGACUUCCUUAAGUCCAGCCGCGAGGGCAAGAAGGACAGCGAGGACAAGGAGAAGUAGAGUAGCCUGAGCAGACUGGCCGGUGUGAUCCGGGCCUCUCUCGGACAAGCAGCUGGGGGGGAGGGGUUGGGAGGACCCAGGCAAGGCUCCCCAUCCUCACCAAAAUCAGGGGAGCAGGGUGUGGCUGAGUGUAGCUUCAAUCAUCAUUUACAUUUUUUUUUAGAUUUAAUCCUUCUGAGUGGUUCUGGGUUUUGUUGCUCCUUGUUUUCUCUGAGUCUGUGAGCUUGUUUGGAGAAUCCUAAUAGCCGGGGAUUGAAAACCUGCCCGGUUUCAUUUAAAUAGACUUUUCAAGCUGUCAGCCCCACCUGCUGUAUAUGAAGAAUAGGUGAUGCUUGCAGGGUUUGUAAGUCACACAAUCGCAUGAUUUGGAUGGAAUGAGUAAAGCUGAUCAGUCCUGGCAUUUAGGGUUCUCUAGACAAGCUCAACGCAAGCUUGAAGCCAGGCAAAGGCUGAUUUCAAGAAACUGUAAUAACGGAAUAUUGGAGCCCAGAACCACCGAGAAUAAUUGCAAACACAGCGACAUGGCAAGAGCAACGUAAAAGCUUUUAAAAUGUACAUUUAAACCGAAUUAAAAUCCCCAUGAUGAGAGAUUAGCUUGACAGCAUGGUGCAACACCUGUGCAACUUUUAAUCUUUACACUUCAAUUGCGUCAAGAAAGUUAAGUCAAGUCCAGCUCUUUUGAAGGGUUUGUGUUUCAGACGCACACACAGUUACAGACUGUUUAAUACUCUCCCUGUAAAAAGGCUGUAGCUCACUUGCAUGGCUGGUUUCACAGGUCCUAACUAGCACUAAUCUUGGACUACCUUACUUAAAGUAACAUUAGGUAUCCUGUGUGCUUUAGUGCUAAUGGAGCUCAGUGAAACCUGUCAUAGACUUCAUAUUUGGUUCUAUACCAGCCAGACAUCCUUUCUCUGAAUCACUUUCCAAUGAAGCAUUUCAAAACAGCCAACUGACUUCCUAACCUCUGUACUCAAGCCAGAAUGACAGCACUGACAUCUGCUGACCGUACAUGUGCAUUACAGCACUUCUUUUUCAUUAACCUACAGGAAGAAAAUAACUACAUUGAACUGGUGUGAUUCAGACCAGCGUACUCAUGAGCUGGGAAACAGAUCAACUGAUCAUAAAGAUGAGAACGUUUCCAUGAAAAAAAUAACGAAUCCUGAAAAUGCUCAAGUGCUUUUCCCUGUGCUUUUUUUGCUGUGAGAUCAGCAGCCACAUCUAAAUGCCAACUUGACUUUGUGGAAGGAAAACUUGAUCACUUCUCACACUCUAAUCAAAACUUGAUUUUGGCACCCUCCAGCGCUUGUGAGAAAACUAUACAAGUUACACAUUUUUUUAUUUUCUCUGUGCUUGUAAGCCACAACUGAACACUGAUAAGUAUAUACAUACUGUAGCAAGAAAAAACCUGCAAUGGCUCACACUGCUGUGCAAAGUGAUUAACUGUUAACCACCAAACCAACAUGUUUUACAACCUGUUAUGUAGCAUGGGUGUGUAUAACGCUGUAAAUCCAUCAAGGGGAUCUGAUGGGAGAAAAAAAACAGAGAGCAAAGCUUUUCCCAUCAGAUCCAGGAGAUGAAAGUUCAGUGUUAAACACAUGCUGGUAUUGGUUAUGUUUUACAAUAUAAUAUAGUGUACUGUAUUUCUGGCAGCUGUCUGGUGUACUUCGCUCCCUUUAAACCCGUUCCUGGUGAAGCUGUGAUGAAGCUCUAUUGUAAACAGAAACGUGACCACUAGCUAGCUCUGUAUCCUGAUUAACGAAAGAGCUUUGGAAUAAUGUGCUUUGUAUUUUUUUUUUUUAAAUGAAGAAUGUAAUUUGAUUUUGUAAUGUUCAAUUGUAAUGUUCUUAUAUAUAUAUAUAUAUAAUUUGAUAUUGUUAGCCACCAUAAUUGCAUUGUACUGUAAUUACUGAAAAAGAGUAUCUAAAUUAUUAUAAUUCAAUUUGAGCACCUACCUCUCGCUUGAGGAAACUUUGAAAAAAGCACAAAAUGACAUUUUGAGGGCCUUCAGUGGUGAGCUGUUCAGCUUUGUGCUUCUGAAAAUGAUGAUGUUAAAAAGCACUUAUAGAUAGAGUAAUGGUAUAAAUGUGAACGCUGUAAUGAGGUGGGGUUUUUUUGGUAUUAAAGCAGCCUCUCAAGCUCUGAUGUCCACCCCCUUGUACAGUAAUGUAUACAUACAUACAGUGUUGGUUUCCUACAAUCUUGUCUACAUUGUAAAUAGAAUACAGUGCUAAAAUGUCUUUUAUUUAAUGGAUGACCUUUUUGUAAUUAAUGGGAAUGUAAUGAUUUGCAUGGCUGAAUGGCAAAAUAAAGGAAAUAACCUAAAUAACCUGCUGAA